AGCGUCUGCAAUAAUACAAAUCCGCUAUUAAGUAACUUUUUCCUAAAAGUUAGAAACGAAGCAAAGGAUUUCGAGCUAACUCAGGACAACUGUGGGUCAGAAGAGGCUUUCUGCACUGUCCUUGAUGGCCAUCGAGUCCAAGCUGAUGAGGGAGCUGAACUUGAUCUGCGACUUUGCAAAGAAAAAGACAAGAAAGAAGAACUUCAAAAGACCUGUCCGCUUUCCUUCAUGGAAGUUCCCUGACAAACUGUCAUGUAAUCUGGACCUGGUGUCACUACUUGAUCAAUAUGACUUUGUUGAUGGCGAGGACGAAUUUAAUCAGCACGCCCACAUUGUUUUGCUGGAGCUGGUGAUUGACAGGCUGUUGCUCCUUCUGCAGAGUUUUAAUGCUCAUGCUGAACAGAUGAGGAUUGGACAGAGGAAAGAACACCUUCAGCAAACGAGCCCAUGUGUGUCAGUUGGUCUUGUUGUCAGAUAUUACUGGAACAACUUGAUACAGCUUGUCAAUCAACAGGGCAUGACCAAAAACAGUCAAAAAGUGUCUAAACCUACAAAACAUGAAGAAAUAAAUCUCUCUGCACCCUCUGUUACAAGCUGUGGGGACCUCAGAGUAGGAGCUCCAACGUCUGGGAAAACCGAGAGCGCGCACUGCGUUGGCAUGGCACCGAAUCAAGUCAGUGGUCAGUCCUCCAGUGCAGCCAGCAGAGCUGCCCUCUCUCACAACACAACUCCAGUAUCCUCAGACACUCACAGUGUGAGUUGCCAGACAGUCAAGUCCUCUCUAGUUCCCUGUGAUGCCUGUGCCCAUGUCCAGUCCAGCCUGAGGGAGACCGGUGAUGCUCUUGUGGAGCUGUGUAGGACUGAGGGCCUGCCCUCCUCCCUGCAGCGCCUCCUGGGGGCUGUGGACGACACCUCGACCCAGGGCCGCCUGACAGCGGGCGACCUGGCCCAGUGGUCCACAGAGCAGCGUAGAGACAUGGGCCGGCUGGGGAAACACCUACAGGAGGUCCGGGCCACGGUGCAGCCGCUAAGGGAGGGGCUUCAGGCAGCUGAAGGGGAACGGGAGAGGUUCAAGGCUCAGCUGCAAAGAGCACAGGAGGAACUGCAAAAGGAAAGGGAGAACCAUUCAGCCAGCACACAGCAGCAGCAGCAGCAACUGAUGGAGGCUCAGAUUUCCUGGGUGGAGACUGAGAGACAACUACAGGAAGAACAGGAACAGCUAAGGAGAGGCACAGUCUCCUUGGAGGACGACAACUCCAAAUUAAAAGAAGAUAUCAGUUUACUACAGGAAAGAUUACGUAUACUUGAGUCAGAGAGAAAUAAGCUGCAUGAAGAGGUGACGACCUCGCGGAAGGAAGAGGACACGAGGCAUGAACUGGAGGAGAAGAUGCACAUGUUAGAAUCUCAACUGUCCAGUACUCAGCUGUUACUUGACAAAGAGAGUGCCAAGUACCAAAGUGCCUGUCGCCAACAGGAGUCAAUGCAGGCCAAGCAGGGCUCUCUGUUGGAGCGGGUGGAUGCUCUUGACCAGGAGUGUGAGGAGCUGCAGAACCAGCUGGGCGAGGGAGAAGACAGACAGACUGACCUUCAGGAGAAACUAGAACAUAUUUCAGAAGAGAGGACAGAAGUGCAGGCCCAGCUCAUCCAACAACAGGCCUUGUGUUCUGAACUGCAGGAGCAGAAACAAAAACUGGAGGCUUACGUAGGCGAUCUGACAGGCAGCGUGACUAAGCUCAGGCUGGAGGUGAAGGAGUUGUCCCAGAGGGAAAGGCUGCUGGUGGCUUUCCCAGAGCUCAGCCCCGUUCCUCAGGGACCACCACAGAGCACAGGGGACGUGCUGAGGGACAUGGAACAGCAGCUGCACGCUAACAGUGUCCGGAUCAGGGUUCUGGAGAGGGAGAACACCACUUUACACAGCACCCUGAUGAAGCUGCGGCCAAGAUCCCAACACGGCGCCCCGGAGACAGCAUCUCCUCAGCAGGCAGAGAGCUCAGCUCUGCCUCACACACCUGUGGUGAGCCGGCAGGUUCCCACGCCACAUGUACAGCCCAGUUCGUUGCAGACCACUAGUACCGGGCAGUGGAGGCAUGGCCUGUCCGGGAACGGGGCCAGUGAGCCCCCAGCAGUGGUGGGGCCUUGGGACCAUGCAUCCACGGCAGCCUCCUCUGCCUCGCCCUCCGCCUCGCCCUCUGCCUCGCCCUCCUCCACAGCUCAGCUACGCCCCCAGACGCUCAUACUCUCUCCAGACACCAGUGCUGCCAAGACUUACUCCAAAAUACGACAGGCCUCCCAAGCUCGUGCCAACGCCAUGCACGCAAAGAGGAAGUGAAUCAAGAUUUGGACGGUCAAAUAAAAAAUUGACGAAGGGCUGGAUUUACUGCCCUUCACUUUGGGUGUGUAUUACAGUAUGCUGAAACUACGGUGGCCCUGAAGUGCAAACCACCACACCCCCUAAUAUGAGUACAUCCCCCAAAUGAAAACACUCCCCCCAAAUACGAGUCAA